GGCCCCCUCGACGGAGCGUCGGGAACAGGUGAUCGGAGGAGCCGGAACCCCCGGCCACCUGGGCAAGCCCUCCCCGCGCCCGCCCGGCGCCCCGGAGCCCCAGGUCGGGGGGGCAGCCAUGGCGACCAAUUUCAACGACAUCGUCAAGCAAGGCUACGUGAAGAUGAAGAGCAGGAAGCUGGGGAUCUACCGGAGGUGCUGGCUGGUGUUCCGGAAAUCCUCCAGCAAGGGGCCCCAGCGGCUGGAGAAGUAUCCCGAUGAGAAGUCCGUGUGCCUCCGAGGCUGCCCCAAGGUGACCGAGAUCAGCAACGUCAAGUGUGUCACAAGGCUCCCCAAGGAGACCAAAAGGCAGGCGGUGGCCAUCAUAUUCACUGACGACUCGGCGCGUACCUUCACCUGCGACUCAGAGCUGGAGGCAGAGGAAUGGUACAAGACGCUGUCCGUGGAGUGUCUGGGUUCACGACUCAACGACAUCAGUCUGGGAGAGCCAGACCUCCUGGCCCCAGGAGUGCAGUGUGAGCAGACAGACCGCUUCAACGUCUUCCUCUUGCCCUGCCCCAACCUGGAUGUGUAUGGCGAGUGCAAGCUGCAGAUCACCCACGAGAACAUCUACCUCUGGGACAUACACAACCCCCGCGUGAAGCUUGUCUCGUGGCCCCUCUGCUCACUGCGUCGCUAUGGCCGGGAUGCCACACGCUUUACCUUUGAGGCUGGCCGGAUGUGCGAUGCUGGGGAAGGACUGUACACCUUUCAGACCCAGGAAGGGGAACAGAUCUACCAACGGGUCCACAGUGCCACCCUGGCCAUUGCUGAGCAACACAAGCGUGUCCUGCUAGAGAUGGAGAAGAACGUGCGGCUGCUGAACAAGGGCACAGAACACUACUCGUACCCCUGCACGCCCACCACCAUGCUGCCCCGCAGCGCCUAUUGGCACCACAUCACAGGCUCCCAGAAUAUUGCCGAGGCCUCUAGUUAUGCCGGUGAGGGGUAUGGGGCAGCCCAGGCCAGCUCAGAAACAGACCUCCUCAACCGAUUCAUCCUGCUAAAGCCAAAGCCCAGCCCGGGGGACAGCAGCGAGGCCAAGACCCCAGCCCAGUGACAGCAGGGCUGGUGCACGGCAAGGACUGCUGUGGGGCCCUGUGGCAGGGCUGCCUGCAGCCUACUGUGGACAGCCUUGUGGGCUGCUGGCCAAGAGCCUGGAGAAACGGAGCAAGCUGUCCUUUCCCUCCUCCUCCCAGGGGUGAGGCUGGACCAAGGCACAGGGCUGGCCACACCAGCAGAGCAUGUGCAAGGGGUUGGAGCUACUGUGGGACUAUAUCCUGUUAAUGAUUUUAAUAUAUAUGGCUUAUGACAUAUUCUAUAUUAAUGAGAUCCCCCCCCCCCACCUACACAUUUUUUAAUCCCAUGACCAGGUCCCGGUCAGGCUGUUUUUGAACAUGAGGGCAGCUGUUCCUGUCCUCUGUGGGACAGCUCCCCCUUCCCCCCACUGCCCGGAUGCGCUGGAGCUGCCGGGGCCUGAGGUGGUAGCCAGCUCUCCCUAGGCAGCCCAGCGGCUACAGCGGCAGGUGGCUUCUCCCUUCCUCUGGGCCUGGAGCAGCAAAGGAAGGAUCAGAGCUUCUAUGGUGCCACGCGGCAGCCUUGCACUUGGGAGUUUUAAACCGAUGACAUCUGGUUGACACCUCAGGUGAAAAUCUGGUUUUAAAAUGUAGUUUUUGCCAAGGCUCCUUCCUGCUUAGUAUGCUCAGAAGAUACCCCAGGGCCAGGGGUGCUGGUUCCCUCAGCCAGGCGGAGGGUGGCCAGUCCCAAGCUCUUCCCUGCCCGAGGGCUGGCCGGGGAAGGCAGGACUGCUGUGGGGAGCACCCCUGCUGCCCCCUCUCACUGACCGAGGGCAGGCGAGGGCCCAGCCGACGGAGCCCCUCUGCCCAGUUUGGCCACCCUCUGGUCAGCCUAAAGCACUCAGAAACGGAGCCCUUCCCACUUCCUCUUCCCCACAUGGUGCUGAGGCUCCCUGCUGAAAUGCAAUUAAAGCAAUUGAUUUUCUAGUGCUGGUAUUUAUUGACUACCUUGCAGAAGGGCUAUCUUUAUAUUGCCAUCAAACCUUUGGUUGCGUGUGUGGGUUUUUGUUUUUUAAUACUUUUGGGUUCUGAUUUGUGGGAAUAGACCCUGUUGUAAAUAACCACUAUUCAAGUUGUGGCAGGACGAUCCAGCCAGAGGCCCCUCCUGGAGAGCCCUGGAUCUGGGGAGGGGGCCAUAGCCAGCUCGGCUCCAAACCUGACCCAGGGAAUGACCACCCAA